AUGGAGAUGAUUUUGCUUGCGCAAAGCCCGCAAGCUACACAACCCGCACGAAUUUGCACCUCCAUCACAGCACAUAUCGCGCACAAUAGCUCUCCAGAUAUGAGCCUCUUACCAAGUGAGACGGUCGCUACGCCGCUGGUGCGCAUUCUCAACCAGCGCACCGGCCGUGAGAACGCGGCAAACGAUGACAUCUGUCUUGACGGAGUCUUCGAUAAAUACAGCAGAAUGCAGGAUGUCACGUUUGCGCACUUCGAGCAAGACCCGGAGACGCACAUGCUCCACUUCCACCUGGAGUCUCACGACCGCUGCGACGUCAAGCUCAAGCCGCGCUUGUGGGACCAGGGCGCCUACUUCAAGUCCAGGCUGCUCACAGAGGGUGCGCUUCGACUCAUCCCACACUUCCUGCCUAUCACAUUCAGAUCAGGUACGGCUCCGAAGCGCCAAUUGUCACCGUCCACGGCCAGUGCUACGAGCCCAAGACCGCAGAAGAGAUGGGUCCAGGAUGCUGAGUCACCAGAACCUAGGAUUACCUUUGAGAUGAUCGAACAAGUCCGCGCCGCGCGACAAGAUCAAGCCAACGAGUCUGCUCAAGAGGUCGGCUUUGGUCAAGGACACUUCGAGAUGCUUGAUGAGGAUAAGCUGGCCGAGCUAGACGGUUUCGACAUCGAUCAGGACCGUCGCGCAUCUCUCCCGAGACCAAAUCAACAUUAUGAUCACGGCACCUUCACACCCCGCGCUCACCACCGACUUCCAGCGAGCGUCACACAUGACACCUGGACGACAGACUGUGAGGAGGCAAGUCAACGCUACAUCAAUGCACAUUAUAAUGGUGUCAUGCCAACUACCAAAUCUUCGCUCCAGUCCUUGCGACGUAUCACACACCAGGAGAUGAUCAGAGGGAAGUACGGGAUGGAUGCUCUCAAACCUUGCACUCGCUGCGUUGAAGAUGAAGUGGUCUGUCGGGUCUAUCAUAGCGACUGCUACGAGUGGGUAUUUGAUGGAAUGUCGUCGCAGUAUCGACUUGGUUGGUCCUGCGUAAAAUGCAGAGGGCGGAAUGUUAGCGGGCAUGGAGGAUGUGAUUCGUACCACGUUGCUUGA